GAUGGCUGGGAUGCCUUGUACGUUGCCGUGCAAAACGGCCAUGCGUCGGUCCUCGCCUUCUUGGUCACCCACGGCGCCAAUGUCCAUGCCACCUACAAUAAUGGCAUUACGCUGUUGUACACGGCCGCGCAAGAAGGCCACGUCGAGUGCGCUACGUACCUCUUGGACCACGCCAAGGUGCCAGUCGAUGCGCCGCAAACGAUGGGCUGGACACCGCUGCACAUUGCCGUGCUCCACCACAAGAUGGCGAUUGCGCAAACCCUUCUUUCACACGGUGCAAAUGUCAACGCUGUCGAAAACGAGAUGGGCGGCACCCCGCUGCAUGUCGCAGCCGAAAUGGGCAACCUCGAGAUGGUCCAGUUCCUUCUCUUGCAUGGUGCGAGCACGGUCGCGACGCUCAAGGACGGAUCGACGCCGCUCGACACGGCCAUGAACACGGGCAACGAAGCGGCCCUUGGCCCUUUGCUGGCGUAA